UACUAGUUUCAUAAAGUAAUUUCUUUUUUCAAGCAUUAUGUACGAAAUAGUCUUGACGGUGAUACUAAAUGCUCUAAGUCUUUAUUAUUAUUUCUUCAAGAAUUCAAAUUCUUUCAAGCAACAUGGCAUACCGCAUCACAGGCCACUUCCAAUAUUCGGAAAUAUGGGACCAACGAUCUUCCGUCGUCAGUCGAUAUACGAUCUUGUAAAAAAUACUUAUAAUUUACAUCCUGAGGCCAAGUAUGUCGGCAUAUUCGAUAUUACCGGACCGCUAAUAGUACUCCGCGAUCCCGAUCUUAUUAAAUCGAUCACGCUGAAAAAUUUCGACCUGUUCCCGGACCGUCGUACUCUCGUCGCGGAACAUCAAGAGCCAUUAUGCGGUAAAAAUAUUUUUGAACUUAAAGGAAAAAGAUGGCGGCAAGUACGUCAUUUGCUGAGUCCAGCUUUUUCGUCCAGUAAGAUGAAAAGUAUGUUUAAACUAAUGUCGGAUUACGCCGCCGACUUUAGCAAUUAUUUGACGCAAUUGCCAGCAGAGAAGAAGAUAGUGGAUAUAAAGGACGCCUUUACGAGAUACACAAGUGACGUAAUAGCUACUUGUGCUUUUGGUAUUGCUGUUGAUUCUAUGAGAAAUCCGAAUAAUGAAUUUUACGUUUACGGCAGAGAAGCGACAAAUUUCAAUGGUGUUGUUUUUAUAAAAAUGUAUAUAUAUAGAACCUUGCCUUGGUUGGCAAAAAUUUUAAAAUUAAGAAUUGUUCGUGAACAAAUUGCAAAUUUCUAUCGAGAUCUCGUAGAAACCACAAUAAAAACCAGAGAUGAGAAUGGUAUCGUUCGUCCGGACAUGCUACAACUGAUGAUGGAAUCUAGAGGUAAGGAGGGUCAAGAACUAUCUAUUGAAGAUAUGGUGUCCCAAGCGUUUGGUUUUUUCUUUGGUGGCUUUGAGAGCACUUCGACAUUAAUGUGCUUCCUUGCUCACGAGAUCGCACUGAAUCCGGAAAUACAAAAAAGACUACAAAAUGAGAUCGAUGAAAUCUUGGAAGAAUCAAAUGGACAAGCACAGUACGAGAUAGUUAAUAAUAUGGAAUAUUUGGAUGCCGUGAUCAACGAAGCUCUCAGAAAGUAUCCGGCAGCUGCAGUAAUGGACAGAGUAUGUGUGAAAGAAUUUGAGUUACCUCCGGCAUUGCCAGGAAUGAAGCCCUUUACCAUAAAAAAAGGUGAAGCUAUAUGUAUACCGUUUUAUGGACUUCAUCGUGAUCCGCAAUAUUUUGAAGAGCCGGAAAAGUUCGAUCCCGAACGGUUUCUUGGUGAACGAAAGAAAGAGACUCUUAACUCCGGAGCUUAUCUUCCUUUCGGAUUAGGUCCGAGAAUGUGCAUUGGUAAUAGAUUUGCUUUAAUGGAGACAAAAGUCUUGCUGUUUUAUCUAUUGGCAAGAUGUGAUUUAAAAACUUGCAAAAAAACAUCUUUAUCACUCAAAUUUGUUAAAGAUGGCCUCAUUAUGAGGCCCGAAGACGGCUUCUGGCUGAAUGUGUCACCAAGAAAAAAUACUUAUCACACGAUUGCUACCGAUAUUGUCAAUGGAACGCGUUAAAUGUAAAAAAAUUUAAUUAAUAUAAUUUUAUUUAUUA